AUGGCUCGCCUCUUCACCCCCCGCAGCCUGUUACGAUUCAACACCCCCGCCAAGCUUCUCCUCGUACUCUUCGCUCUCGUCUUCUACCUAUCCUUCUCCUUUUCCACCUCCCACCCGCCCUCGAUCUUCACCGACUCGGAGACUCGAAAACAGAUCCGGAAUGCCUCAUUAUCAGAGAUCGUAAACCUGUAUGAGCAAGUGAGGCAUGGUGCUCUACGGGCGAAGGGGUUCAAUGGAACUGUCUGCGCCGAAAGCAUCAAAGCGCCAAAGACGCUGCCGGACGGAACCAGCAACCUCGACCCAGACGUCGAGGUAUACACCGGAAGGCUGCGGGGUUUCAUCGACAACUACCUGCAGCAAGCACCCGCACAUAUCCAUAUUGCGGCACGAAAUACGCUGAAGAGCCUGGUGAAACGUGAAUCGCCCACAUACCGAGAUGGAUCAUUCCCAGCAAAAGUGUGGGCGACGCAUCCGGCUGGCAUCAAAGGUGUGCAGCUAGGGUUUGAGCUCUGGGGAAAAAUAUUACCUUUCCCUCUUCCUCCCUCCCUUGCCAACCAGAUAUCGGUGGACAAGGAUGUUGAUUUCCUCCAGCCCGCUAGGAAUGGGCAAGAUUGGGACGUAGAAGUACCCGAUGACGAUGGACUGGAUAGGAUCAUGUCAGAGUGGACCGGCCAGAAGCUUCAACGGGGCAUACCGGGAGAAGGGAAGUGGUCCGAGCUUUGGGGAGGCUUAGAAAUGGGUGUUUUGCGCGCCGACGUCUUUCGAUACACAUCGAUGCUCGUUGCUGGUGGCGUCUACUCUGACUCUGAUACCAUGCCCAUCUCUCAUCCCUUCUUGUGGGGCCUACAUGCCCCUUCUAUCAUCAAUCCCGACCUCGAAUUACUCGCUGAGCUCAUCGUCAACCAUGGCGGACCUAAAUUUCCCCCAAACACUCGGCCACCCCGCAUUGACUCUCGCUCCCUGCCCCAACACAAUAGCUCAUAUACACCUCCCUACCCUGGUAUAGAACGGCGGAGCCCAGUCUACGUUUCGAUUCCAAAUCCAUCGACAAUCCUGAAUCCACGGAUUUCUAUGGUCAUCGCAAUUGAAUGGGACAACAAAAUUGGGAGGACGUUGGGCAUGUGGAGGCAGUGGACUUGGUCUAGAUUUACCGAGAGCUCGAAAUACCCUAGGAAUAUUGAGUUUGUUCAGAACCUCUUGGUGGCUAAACCUUUCCAUCCUAUAAUGCUAGAUACCGUCGCCACCAUUGCUCAGCUGGUAGAAUCAGGCGAGGCCAAGAGCCUAAGACCGGCAAGUCAUCUCCUCGAACUCACCGGUCCCGGUCCUUUCACUGACGCUGUAUUGAGGUAUCUCCUUGUACAAUACGGCGUCACUCCCAAAAACCUCAGAGCUCUUCGGGGACCGGUCCGAAUUGGCGACAUCCUCAUUCUCCAAGAGGAAGCGUGGCACGCACCUUUUGAAGCGAUCAAGCAAUUGUGGGAGUAUGUUGAGUCAUUACAUCUCAAGUUGGGGACAAACAGACAUGGAAGAUUUAGCCCGUGGCUCUUCGGUCUCGGGUGGAAGGACUGGAAGAGUGGGGGAGUCAAGGUGGCGUAUCACGGACUGACAGGGAUUUGGAAAGACAAAGACUAUUAG